UAAACCACCUAUGCUGCGAAUUAUUUCUCAUCUUACUCCCCAAUGGAAGAUAUGAGAGCUUCAACAGCAGUGCCAGAGAUUGUGAAGAUUGUGAGGUUGGUUGUUAAGUUUCAUCCGCUAUUGAUAGUGACCAAUCUAAUCUUUGGGGUAAUAUUUCUAUAUGAUUGGAUUGAAGAGGAGGUGAGCAAUCAAUGGAAAUUUCUCAAAGUGUAUUGCCAAUCAACAAUGAGAGCUUUGUUGGAUCCAAUUACUGAGAAGAUGAAGAAUCUAUCAGAAGCCCUCCAAAUGCAUUUCAAUAACGAAGCGGCAAAGGGUCAACUAAAGGCCAAGCUAAUUGGUAAACUCACCCUCUUCUUCGCAGCAUUUCUUCUAUUGGAUAUAGAGUUAAGUUCAGAAUAUGAUAAAAGAGGGGUUAAAACACAAUUAUUGUUGCUUGUUGGCCUCGAUUUGCUAACACGUUCGAAGCUUUGGAGUGAACUCCGAAUUCUUCGUCAAAGCUGCAGCUGUGCCAUAAAUUCAACAUCAAACUUCACCUUGUUUAUUCUAGCUCUUCUUUUUCAAAAAUUUUAUGAUAAUUCUUUAAGGAGCCUUGGUUUUAUGUUGAGCAUUGCAAUAUUUUUUCUAUGUCUAUUGGUGGUAUUACGUCCACGAACAGACCUUGGAUUGUUUAGUUUUAUCAUUGGAGUCAUUGGAUCCAUUACUUACAACCAAUACAAGUUCAAGUUUCCAACAUGGAUAAUUGCCUCCAUUUGUUUUGUGCUGUUCAGUUUCAAGAGUUGGAUGGAUAAAUACUGGUUGGAUUUGGAAGAAGAUCACUCUACAAAUACCACUGUUGGAAGCACCAGUUUGUUUUCUGUUUUUUCAUCAUCUGUUGCAUCUUAUGCAAAAGCCAUCUUCGGAUUUGUCACCUCCCUUUACAAAUACCAAAGGAAUCACAGGCAUGAUUUGGUCAUUGUUAUCUAUCACCAAAUACAGUAUUGUGGUGUUGGCUGGUUUGGAACCUCGCAUGCAAUGCAAAGAAUGGAUGUUAUACCUUGGAUCCAAUUGUUGACAACAACGCAUCAUCAACAACAAGGAUGAUAAUCUUGCAUGCUAAGUGGAAAGUACUUAGAUAUAUGGUAAUUUUUAUAUCAAUUCCUAUGUCAUUUUCUUUUUUAGGUUUAUGUUUAUUAGAUCCAGUAUCCUUACUAAAACCCAAUGAUCAUCUGUAAUCUUUUAGUCAUUUGAGUUUUUGUUAGUUUGAAUUUAUUGCAACUACCCUUUUGUUAUAUAGAUAUCAAAUGGCAAGCCUUUAUCUUAUUUUUGGUACAUCUGAUAAUAAUGAGUUAUACAAGAAAGGAUAGCAUUCUCC